AUGUUGUUCCUCUCCCAGCAUUAUGCCAGUGAAGAGGACAAUCUUUACAACCAGCAGAAGAAUUUAGGAGUGGAACAGGAAGAACCAGAGUCUCCACAGAUUAAAGAGGAAGAGGAAGAACCAGAGUCUCCACAGAUUAAAGAGGAAGAGGAAGAACCAGAAGCUCCACAGAUUAAAGAGGAGCAGGAGGAACACGAACCUCCACGGAUUAAAGAGGAACAGAAAGAACUCAGACCUACACAGAUUAAGAAGGAACCGAAACCUCGGCAGAUUAAAGAAGAGCAGGAGGAAAAAGAACCUACACAAAUUAAAAAAGAAACAAAGGAAGUACCUCAAAAGUUCAGACAUCACAUGAGAACUCACACAGGAGAGAAGUGUUUUUCUUGUAAAGAAUGUGACAAAAGUUUUGAUCGUGUAUCCAGACUCAAAAGACACAUGUUAACUCAUACAGGAGAGAAGCCUUUUUCUUGUAAAGAAUGUGACAAAAGUUUUAAUCGUCCAUUUAAUCUCAUGAGACACAUGAGAACUCACACAGGAGAGAAGAUUUUUUUUUGCAAAAAAUGUGACCAAAGUUUUAGAUGUGCCUCUCAACUCAAAACACACACGAGAACUCACUCAGGAGAGAAGCAUUUUUCUUGUAAAGAAUGUGACAAAAGUUUUUGUCGUUUAUAUCAUCUCCAAACACACAUGCUAUCUCAUACAGGAGAGAAGCCUUUUUCUUGUAAAGAAUGUGACAAAAUAUUUAAUCGUGCAUAUCAUCUCAAAAGACACAUGAUAACUCACACAGGAGAGAAGCCUUUUUCUUGUGCAGAAUGUGACAAAAGUUUUAAUCGUGUAUAUGAUUUCAAAACACACAUGCUAACUCAUACAGGAGAGAAGCCUUUUUCUUGUAAAGAAUGUGACAAAAGUUUUACUUGUGUAUCUCAUCUUAAAACACACAUGAGAACUCACACAGGAGAGAAGCCUUUUUCUUGUAAAGAAUGUGACAGAAGUUUUAAUCGUGUAAAUCAUCUCAAAACACACAUGCUAACUCAUACAGGAGAGAAGCCUUUUUCUUGUAAAGAAUGUGGUAAAAGUUUUAAUCGUCCAUUUAAUCUCACAAGACACAUGAGAACUCACACAGGAGAAAAGAUUUUUCCUUGCAAAGAAUGUGACAAAAGUUUUAAUCGCGUAUCUUCUCUCAAAAGACACAUGGUAACUCACCUGGGAAACAAGCUGUUUUCUUGUAAAGAAUGUGACAAAAGUUUUAAUCGAUCGCUCAGUCAGCCUCGCAGGAUGUGGACCCGCUGA